AUGGAAAGAGCAGCUGGCUUGAUAUCAAAGGAUACUGUUCGGUGGGUGAGCUUGAUCGCUCACGGAAGGCUUAAAUGUUUGGACGUGCGACCACCGAAAGAAUUUCAAAAGCGACAUCUCUAUGGAUCUGUUAAUAUCCCUAGUACUACGAUUGCAGGACGCUGGUUUCAAUUACCGGCGAAACAGGAAGGAUUUGUGGUCUUAGAACAAGAUGGUAGUUCUAUUGACGAAAAAGAAGGGGGUUCUUGUUCUGAACAAUUACAACAGAAAGGUUGGAAAAUUGAAGGAUCUAUACGUGCUAGUACUGAACUCUGGCAAUGGAUCGAGCAAAACGGCAUGAUUGAACAAGGAGAAAGUAAAAGAUUGCUAUUCGAUCCCAGCCCUCAUCUUAAAGAGAAUAUAUCAAUGAUUGAGGGUAACUUACGAAAAUCUGAAGCACGAGUGUUAGACGUUGGAUGCGGUUCCGGUAGAGACUUGGCUUGGUUAUGCUCGAGGGAAAGCAAAAUACGAUACAAAGUCACGGCUGUAGAUGCGGAAAAAAGAGCAAUCUAUAGAUUCUCGAGUCUAUUUGAAACACUUGGAUUGGAAGACCAUAUUGAACAUAAACAAAUCGCCAAGAUGGAUUCAGUAGGCAAAUGGAAAUGUUAUAAUAUGGAAGGAAAAAGAGAUAUUAAUAUCCCAGAUCUUUCGACCUCAGACCUUAUGAAAUUUUUUGAGACUUCGUCGACUACGAAGCCUGGAAAGCAAGAUGAAAAGUAUGACUUGGUUGUCCAAAUUCGAUUCUUGCACAGGUUACUCUUAACCCAAACUGAUCAAUUGCUUUGCGAUGAUGGUUUUUUGUUUCUUUGUACCUUUGUGAACGAUGGCAUUCAUGACUAUGAGUAUCCCAAAGGCCAAGAACACCGACUCGAACUGGGGGAGGCCGCACAACUCAUACGGUCUUCGUCUCCUUCUAUGAAAAUUUUAAAAGAAGAAGUCGGUUUUAUAGAAGAUGGCCGACCGGUUCAAGUUUUGCUUGCUCAGAAGCAAGCCAGUGUUCAUUAA